AUGAAUGAGGUUCCCAGGCGAGCAAGUCGUGUGGACGAGGAUGCUCAGGAACAAAGGCCACGGGCGCGACGGAGACUGACCACAGGAUCGGCAGGUGACUCGGAGCAAGAAUACAAUACGAGUGAGGCGCUGGGUUCAAGUGUGGAGCUAGAAGUCAGAGCAAACAGUACGCCAGAGAAGGCACCAGCUGCGGAGGCUCCGCCCAAAAACACUGCCGCGAAACAGUAUCAAGUCGAUCUCGUCCCCGCCUGGGUCGCAAAGCGAUACUCACAAUCAUCUGUCCGGCCUCCGCUACCGUCCGUGAUGGCGCGAAAGUACGAACUCUGGAAGGACGAUCUGGACUUUGUGGCGGAACGAGAAACAUAUUGGGGGACGGUAGCACCUCGCCUGGCUGAUCUGAGAUUAGAGUCACGCCAAUCGGCAGAGGACGGAGAGGAGCAGGAAGAGCACCGCCUGAGCUGUACGCCAUGUCUCGAUCAAGGACGGGAGUGCUCCAAAGAGAUGCCUAUCUGCGCUCAGUGCAGGUCCGAGGAAGCCCCGGCUAUGUGCUCAUACCAUGUCGACAGAGCAUAUGUGCCUGACUCCAAGCGUCAAGGCGCGACGAAGAAGAAGAGACGGAUCUUGGACGCGAACCUGGCGGUGGCGUUGGAGUACCUGGACGGCGCAAUGGAUGAUAUCGAGGACGAAGAUCUGUCCAACAAUGACCCGUCGAAUGAUGAUGCGUGGAAGGUGGGAGUACAGGGUGAGCGCGACCCUCAUGAGGGGGCAGAUUCAGCGGUCAAAGAGUCAGCAAAAUCCGAUUGGCUCGCGAAGGCGCUGUUUGCAGAUGACGAGGGCCGGGGGUAUCACGGCCCCGCCAAGGUACCUAGGAAGCGUGGGCGUCCGUGGAAGUUACCGCCGGGAGAAAAGCAGCCGGUCAAAAUCAAAAGAUCUGUAGGUCGUCCACGGAAGGAUCCAACGGAAGAGGAGCCUGUCAAAAUCAAACGGUCAUGGAAUGUGGGGAUGAAAGACGAAGAACUUCUCGAGCCGGCCAGGUCUGUGAGCCGAGAAAAAGUGGCCGUGAAAAUGGCCAUUCUCAAGGCCGAGCGCAAAGGCAAGAACGAGGACAAAAACAGAGGCAAGGGCAAGGGCAAGCUCAAGGACAUGGCCAAGGCUGCGCCGCAAAGACGGGGAUUCAACGGCCGCGUGAUGGAGAGAUACUUGAAGGAUACCACACGGAAACUCAACGCCCUUGGUACAUGGACUGAAGCCCACAAAUCCCCGACAGGAGAUCAAGGGCAGGAGAGGAGCGAGGUGAUUGCUGAAUCCGGCGUGAAAGAUGAGAGCGACGGAGAGACAGCGACACCGGUAGUAACCAAGUACAAGGAGCAGAUUGCGAACACUUUCCGACCAUGGGUCGCUCAGAAAGACGAAAAAGUCAUCCCCUCUGCCUGUGGCCUUCCCGACACGAGUUUGCUGCAGGCUCUCCACUACUAUGCUUCUUACUACUACACCCAUGUCAGUCCUAGUCCGGAUAUGUUCGAGGCCAUGGAUAUGACAUCCCAUGUCGCACUCGGGAUGAUUGUUCAGGAGAUCAUUUCAGACUUUGCAUUCAAGCUCGGGAAGGAUUCACAGCUCGAGGAUAUCCAAGUCAAGGUCGACAAGUUGGUUGCCGCUCAGUACGGCGACAAGUGGGACAAGGACUUUUUGGGAUACCUGGAGAGCCGGACCGCAGAUCGAUCUUUGCCGCUCAACCAACCCGCCAAGAAACGGCGACAUUCAGGAUUGGUGGACAGGUCGGUGGAAAGUGCAGACGAUGGUGGCCCCGACACGGACAUAGGCGAGGACGACGACAUGAGUCAUGAUUCGCGAACCUGGGAUGAAUUGGAAGAGCUGAGGAGGACAACAAUAUCGCUUGGUGUUGGUACGGUGAAGGAGCUUGUCAACCGUACGAGGUUCGACAUUAGCGUGGAGGAAACCUUAGAGAUGGGUUUGGAUGGUGAAGAGACAGGUCGCCGAUCCGCGUCUCCGCUCCGCGUGGACUCCGACUUGGACAGCUCUGAUGACUUGGAUACCGGUUCAACCAGUGCAGGAAAUGGUGGAUGGUUGACGCAGUCCACGUUAACGUCGUCCAAGGAGACUCCUUUCAAGAUAGCUCUCGGUAAUGAUUCCGAGGUCAGUUUGUCGGGCGAGGAGGAUACAGAGAUGCCUGUGAGGGACUCGACGCGUGGUACGACUCAUGGAUCCGAAGUAGCCACUCUGGACCAAGGCGACUACGACAUGCCAGAGAUCGACUUUUCUCCGUCUAUUUUGACCCAGUUGAGCAACAACAGGUUCAGAUCUCAGCCUGCGUUUGGCUUGGACGAUUCAUCGUCGGACGAUGAUGAUGGCUCCGAUGAGCUGGAUGGCCCUACUCUGGUUCGCUCUCAGAGUCUUCUGGAAGACAGUUACGAGUCGUCUGAGGUUGAAAGUGGCAGCUCCGAAUCGGAUUCUGAACAAGAGGAGAAGGCCACGGAUGAGAAGGACAAGGAGGCGAAGGACAAGGCGACGGGAGAGGAGGAUGACAAGAAGGAAGAGAGCGAGAAGGACGUUGAUUCAGACAAGGGCGGGCACAUACAGGAGGACUAUGACGAUGCUUAUGGCGCUUCCAAUGACGACAGUAUUUCGCCUUCUGUGUUGACCCAGGUCAGCGCGACUCGGUUUGGAUCUGCGUUCAAGUUGAGUCAGGAUGAGUUGGUCAGUGAGGAGGACGAUAUUUACAACCCCUCCGGUGGUCGUUUCGUUGUUCAGUCGCAGGUUGUCCAAGACGAUAGUGACAAUGACUCGUCUGAGGUCAGCUCCGAUUCCGAUUCCGGGCAGGAGGAGCAGGACGAGGAGAGUGAAGAAAAGGACACCAUCGCGGCGAAGGACGCAGGGGAUAACAAACCCACCAAGGAGGACCAUCUCGAGGAUCAUAUCGCAGCGGAGACCAAGGAGGAUAGCGCACCCAUCAAGAAGGAUCACGCUGAGGACGACGACGAGGUGGAGGAGGAGGAGGAGGUAGUGUCCGAGAUCGCGAGAGCGAGCAACCACGAGGAGGGUGAUGCAGAGCCGAUCGAGCUGCCAAAGCGCCUAUCAGGACGGGCAAUUGAAGAGUUUAGUGUGGAGAUGGAGACCGCGGAAGUAACAACUGCGGCUGGAACCGUCGACGAGACAAGUACCAGGGAGCAGUCGAGAGCUGGGUCUGAGGCCGAUGUGGAUAUGCCAUCUGGCGAGGAGUACAAGACGCGCGAGUUCCUCACGAAAAAAGACGAUAGACUCCACGAAGAGGAGGAGGAGGAGGAGAUGGAGGAGGAGCACAAUAUACGCGAGACCCUCAUGGAGAAAGAUGAUAGAUCUAAUGAGAAGGAGCAGGAGGAAGACGAAGCGAAAGUGGAGGAGGAUAAAGGCGACCCGUCCCAGCCGGUGUACAUGGUGGUGAGCGCAACCCGAUUUGGGUCGCGCUUCAGUGCCAGCUACAACGCAGACGAUGGCGACGAGUCUGAGGAGGAAGGAACAGCCUACAGUUUUGGCACGCAGUCCCAGGUGGUCUAUGACGACAGCACCACCUCUGAGGAGGAGAACGUUCAAUCCUCGUCUGAAUCGGACUCGGACUGA